CAUAAACAAAAAGUAAUAUUUUAGAAAUAAUAAUUUAAUGAAAUUUUCUAGUUUUUAAGGAUAUAAUGAUGUUAAGAAUAGUCUCAAAAAGUUUGCUGUUGCAUCGAGCAUGCAGCCUAAUAUCGCACAAAGUCAGACACAAUCAUUUAAGUCGAAUUUCAUCAGUUCUGGGAAAAAUGUCACAUUUUCCUUCAGAUCUCAGAAGUAUAUCCAAUAUAAAUGAAGAUGAGGAUAUAGACCAAGAAAAUUUCUAUCACAUGUAUCAACUUGCGAAUAAAUAUCUGUCGCAUGACAUAUCCAGUAAAGAUAGAUUAAUGAAGAAAAUUGACAAUUUUAAUGAGAUCCAGCAAGUUGUGAAAUGCAUUGAGAAUAAAUUGGAACAGUUUAAUAAGGACCACAUAAUACAACUGUUGUUACUUACUGGAAAACUGAGAGAUAAACAGGAACUUACAAUAAUAAAGAAUCUUGAUAAAUUUGUGGAGAAAAUCGGCACAAAGAUCAAUGAAAUGAAUGACAUUGAGUUAGGUAUAACUUUAUUGCAUCUUCGACUAUUAGGUUUCAACUCUAGACAUCCAGUAAUGCAGAAAGUCAUCAAUAGUCUAAUGGACAGCAUGAGUCAAAAGAAGAACGAAUUCGAUUCAUUGGCCAUGUCAUUAUUCACAGAAGCUAUGUGUCUUGAACGGGAUCUCUAUUCUAAGCUCAUUAUGGUUGAAACACUGCCUGUAAUCAACUCAAAAUUGAAUUACUGUAACGAUGCAUUAGAAUUUUAUCAUCUCAUCUCAUGCCUUAAUAAUGUGCACCCAGUUUUAUCGUCUGAUUCUUUAAACAACUAUAAAGACAAGAUUGAAGAGUUUCUAGACAAAAACUUAAUCACAAAUGAUCAUGUACGGAUCAUCUUCAAGACAAUUAAUUUCCUGAACUUCCCACAUUGGUCAACAGCAAAUGCAAAGCUCAUUCAGAAGUUCUUAAUUCUUCUUGAAAAGUCUGUUCCGAAUAUGCAGCCAAAGGAUUUAUUCCAGACUAAUCGAGCAUUGUUCGUCCAAUAUGAGCCAUCAAUGUUGAUUCCACUGCUUCGAGAUCGUGCAAAGAAACUGUUGGAAGAGACUCAAGAUGUCGAACUACUGCAGAUUGCCUGCUUGUAUUGUACACCUCAGGAAAGAAUUAAAUUUGUAGAGAUGUUAAGAGACAAAGUAUUAAAAUAUCAAACAACUCUCGGCCCAGGUUCCGAUUCAUUGGCAUCAUUUUUCAAAAUUCUGCGCUUAUUGAAAAUUUCAGAUACAGAAUUGUGUGACUGCUUUUGGACUAAGAUUGUCAAUAAAAUUUUCAGCCUUCCAGAACCAGAGUUGAGACAUAGAUUGCCAAAGUACUUUCAUCGUUACAUGAAUUUUAACAAUAAUCUGGGUGGAACUUAUCGUCACAUUGAGUUUGAGAAGAUUGUCUAUGAAUAUUGUGUAGAGGAGAUGAAAACUGGGUCUACAUAUAUACCUAAAGAAUUUUCAAAGUUUGCAAGCUUUGUUAUUGCCUAUUCUGAUAGAUAUGAAUGCAUCCCUCCGUUUGUAAUUGAGAAAUUAAUUAUGAUGCAGGAACAACUGAAUAUCAUUGAUUGUAAGCUAGUAUCAAGAGGAUUAGAAAUAUUACAUGGAUUCAGACCAAGAAGGCGUCUAAACAGAGACUUGCUUGAUAAUCAGAUGGAAAUUUUACAAUACGUGCUUGACAGUUGCGCACAAAGACAUCUUGAGACUGGAAAUUUGUCAAUUAAAGAUAUCAAUGUUAUUCUCUCAUCUUAUGUCAGACGUCGAGCACCUCGAGAUUCCUCAUUAUUUUUUGAAAUCAUGGGAUGGUACGAUAAUAAGAAGCUUGAACUAAAUUCUAGAACAAUUCGUGAAAUUUGUCAUUCACUUCAAGUCGCUAAGUUCUGCAACGAUUCCGUUUGUGAUCAAUUCUUUAAUUAUGUUGUUGACAAUAAGGAUAUUGUAACUGGCGAGACUGUUGAAAAGAUUCUCACAACAUGCUACAAUUUAAGCUACUUUCCUGAAAAUCCUGAAGCUCUUGAUACAUGCAGCGAUAUAAUCCAUCGGGAUUUUAAUGUAAUGAGUGGACUCUCAGUCGUUCAGGCAUUAUUAGCUCUGACAUUUUACAAAAGUGCCCGUGCUGAAUUAAUUUCACUAGUUUUUAAUGGUGAUUUUAUCAAACGACUAGAGCAAGAAGUUCAAAUGGCAUAUUCAAGAGAUACUUAUCCUCAAAAAGUCAUGUCACUUGUGAUGCAACUUAAUAGAGCUGUUUGUUUGGAUCAUCCAGAAUAUAAUAUCAGAUGGUUCCAACAAAGCUUCAUUGAAGCCCAAAUGUCAAAGAAACCGGUAAUUAAAAAUAAGUUCCACGAAGAAGUGCAUAGACUGUUACUUCACAUUGUUCCUAGUCGCGACUACUUAGCUGUUAAUCAGAUUACUCCGUACGGAUAUAGAAUAGAUUUUGAGAUUCAUAUAGACAAGAAUUAUAACAAAUUUUUAAAACCUAAUCCAGAUGAUUAUAUUGGCAUUAACUAUAAGCCUAAAGUACAUAAGGUGGCAAUAUUGUUGCUCUCAUUUGAUACAUUCUGUAUUAAUGAUAUAAAUCGAUUAAGAGGAACAGAAUUGUUAAGAAUGAGGCAUUUAGAAAUGAUGAAUUAUAAAGUGAUUCAUGUCAAGAAGAGUGACUUAAAAAUGCUGUAUGAAAAUGUGACAGCCAAAAUUAAACACUUGAAGAAGCUCCUUCAAAUUGGAUAGUAAAAAAAGAUGUCUUUUUAUUCAUCGAUUAUAGGAAUUGUAUAAAAAUUUGUGUGGCACAUAUUAAAGUUAUUUUUCACAGCACCAAGUAUAUGCUUCGUUGAACAUUGACUGCCAAGGACAAGUUUGUGUAUUAAAAUCAGGAGAAAUGUAAGGCCAUUGGAACAUUUCAACGCAUCUUUCAGGAUGAGGCAUCAUGGCUAAAUGACGACCAUCUUUCGAGCAAAUUGCUGCAAUUCCUUCAAUACUUCCAUUUGGAUUCAUUGGAUAUUUUUCAGUUGGCUGAUUGUUGUCAUCAACAUAAUACAUGGCAAUGGAAUUUGAUGAUUUAAGAUUCUUAAGAACUGCUUGAUUCUUAAAUGAAAAUCUUCCUUCCCCAUGAGCAACCCAACAUCCAAGAACACUUCCUUGCAUUUUUCUCAGCAUCAUUGCAUUACUGGAUCCAAUUUUCAAUGAAUUCCAACGACAUUCAAAUCUUCCAGAUUUAUUAUGAAGCAGUGCGAUUGGUGGAACUCCGUCAUCUGUAGAUUCCUUAGCACUGUCAUCAACCCAUCCAAUCAUACUCAUCAAUUGACAUCCAUUGCAUACACCGAGUGAGAAAGUAUCAGUCCGCUUCUUAAAGUUCUCAAAUUGGGACUUAAGAACAUCAUUGAAUCUUAUGCUUGCUGCCCAUCCUUUAGCUGAUCCCAGUGUGUCAGCAUAACUGA